ACACACACACACACACACACAAACAAGUCCUUCAAGGACAGGAGUGGUAUUUUGUCUGAAGAACGAAAGUAACUUGAGUGCAUUUUCAAUCGGGUUUCCUACGUUUGGCUAACUUCCUGCGGAUAAGAAAGCAGAAUCGGAUAUGUAACUUCUUCCUUAUUCUGAAAUAUUGUGUUUUCCCCCCAUCACUGCCUGAUAUGCUUAUCUUCUCAUGCUCCACAGUGUCACACAGCUGAGAGAGCCACAAGAAAAGUCAUCUUGGAUCACGCCCCAAGACGAAAUCUCGCAACACCGGGUUCACCCUUUACUACAGCAGCCAGGAUGACUUAUGUCCAUGCAUUUUUUCAUUGAGUGCGACAAACUCUCAAUAAGCUCGUCAUUAUCUGUAAUCGUGAUGAAGGAAAAUCCUCAUUGGGUAGCCACUUAAGUAUUCACUCUUCACACGCUGUGAUUGGCCAGUCACACACAGCAACCGCCCCUCCCUAGACAGACUCUCUACAGCCAGAGAGAGGAGCCAUGCCUGUCACUCUUUCACACACAGACACAAAACAGACAGCUCACGUUCUCUAUUUCGCUGUAUUUUGGUUUGUAUGGUAGUUAGUUGGUAGACUUGUUUCGUUACGUACGCGGAAAAAUACAGUGAACAAGGCUGACAGAUUAUUUCCCUGUUUGCCAUCACUGGAUGUUUGCAUGGAUCGCCAACUUCACACACUUCUCAUUAAAAAAAUAAUUAAAUAAUAAAGUCUUACAGAUCAUUUACACACAUACACUGUACACACACAGCUGAAUAAUAAACAAUAAAUACAGCAACUUCUGAUAAAUCCAUGUCAAUUUUAGAUAUAUUUAAGCCCCACCCAUUUCUGGUUAAACCACGCCCACUUCCGAGUACAGAUACAGAUACAGGUAGUGGAGCUGUCGACUGACCCCCAAUAUGCAGAGACAGACAGCGGUGGAAAAUAAAAGUCUUUUAAUUAAGCAGGGAUAAACAGAAAGCGACAGGUGUUCUUAGGUUGAUGAAUGCCAACUGCGAUGCCCGUGCAUGUAAGGCCUAAUUUGCAUUGCCUAUUAUUUCCUAUAUAAGGUCAAAAAUGUGCCGUGCGCAACAGGCAGCUGGAGGCGGAGAUGGCAAUGCGCAAGGGCAAGACUGAGGAGCAGCUGGACAACAAACGAGAGAAAAAGUUAAAUUCUACAGAAAUAGAGGUGAGACCAAAGCCCUGAAGAUGAACACUUCGCUGACUAAUGCCUCCAGUUGUGUUUGGAGUACCAACGUGAACGAGGUGGUGUUGCCCUGGCUCUAUAGCGUCGUCUUUAUAGUCUCCCUGGCAAUGAAUUCAGUAGCUGCAUGGAUCUUCUUCAGCAUCCCCAGCACGUCAACGUUUGUGGUCUUUUUAAAGAACGUGGUGGUGGCUGACUUGCUGAUGACGUUCACCAUGCCUCUGAAGAUUCUAAGCGAUUUCGGUCUGGGUCCGAGUCACCUGAGGGCCAUCUACUGCCGUUACUCUGCCGUCAUCUUCUACAUGACCAUGUACAUCAGCAUCGUCUUGCUGGGUCUCAUCAGCCUGGACCGCUACCUGAAGAUAGUCCGGCCCUUUGGGAAGGGCACCCUGCAGCGCGUCCGCGUCGCCCAAGUGAUCAGCGUCGUCGUCUGGAUCAUUAUGUGGUUUUCCGUAUUCCCAAAUAUUAUUCUUAGCAACCAGCCACCGCGCUACUCUAAAGGACGAGUGAAGUGCGCCUCCAUGAAGAGCAAGCUGGGCCUGCAGUGGCAUGAAGGACUCGGCUACUUCUGUCAGUUGGUCUUCUGGGGAACGCUGGCCUUGAUGGUGUUCUGCUACACGUUCAUCAGCAGGACAGUUUACAACUCCUACAAAGCCUCAAAAAGCAGCUCUCCGGAAGCCAGUCGCAGAACCAAGGCCAAAGUCUUUGUGGUGGUGGUCGUGUUCUUCAUCUGCUACGCCCCCUACCACUUUGUACGCGUCCCCUACACCCUGUCCCAGACCCGGAACCUGAGUCAGCCUACCUGCUGGGCACAGAAGGCGCUGUACAUCACCAAACAGGUCACACUGUGGAUGUCCGCCUCUAACGUGUGUCUGGAUCCGCUCAUUUACGUCUUCCUGUGUAAAAUGUUCAGGAAAAGACUCACAGCUACGAUCAGCCGCAAGCCUCCCCACAAGGUGGAAUCCCCCACUGUCACGUCCACACAGCUGUAGGUGCACAGCAACAGGCGGGCAAACGGCGGCACGUCAAUACGACGCACCGGGACUCAAUCUAUAACUGUAAUCCGGUCACAUGAUCCAUUUUCAUGCUCGGAAGGUGAUUGAAAAAAUGCUGUAGGGUAGACAUGCUGUCCUCUUCUGAUAAAACUGCCACUUUGGCAGCAUCUAUGCUAAUAUCUCCGCAAAGGAUACUGUUUCAUCUCACAUUCACCCCUCACACUUCAGCACUCAUGUUAUUAAAGUAUAUACUGUAGACUAGUCAGUGUACAGCUUGUAUAGCAGUAUAGACUUACUAUCCACUGAAAAUGACCAUUAUUGUCUAAAGCAGGGGUGUCCAAACUUUUACCAGCGAGGGCCACAUCGUGAAAAAUGAAAAGAUGUACCUUUGCCACUUUGAUAUUUUGUAAAGCAACACAUGUAGAUAUGAUAAGAAGUUGUAUAUAUUUCAGGAAAAGUGCAUCUAGCCUUGUGAAAAAGCCCGUUAUUAAUAUCAACUUCACUCUUUGCUCUUUUUUUAAAUUUUUGCUGUAGUUUUUUAACAAAUAUUUCCACUUUCUUCUGAAAUAACCUGUGUAAUUUUUCUUUCCAUGACGUCAUGACUUUAUUCCUGUAAUUUGAAUUUAUUCCCAUUUAUUACCAAUGAAAAAAAUUACAACUUUGUUUUGUUUGUUUCUCAUAACAUUACAGUUUUAAAAAAUAAGCUAUUCGACUAAAAUGACAUUAUUUUUCAUUAUAUUCCGAAUUUAUUCUUAUAAAAUUGUGCCUUUUGUCUCAUAAGAGUUCACAUUUUUCCCCUAAUUAUUUUCAUAAAAUUACAGCUGUUGUUUUUUUUUUAUUAUUUUCUAACUAUUUCAACUUUGUUCUUGCAAAUUCUCAUAAUUAUUAAUUUAUUCCAAUAAUAUUUUGGCUUUAUUCUCACCAAAUUAUAACCUUUUUUCUUAUUCCAACUUUAUGCUACUAAUAUUACGACAUCAUUCUCGUAAAAUUACGACCUUUUCUUGUUAGAUUACAACUUUUUACAGCUAUUUUAACUUAUUCUUUGUAACAUUAAAUUACUGCUGAUGUUUGAUUUUUGCUACUUUUUUUCUUGUUAAAUUAUAAUUUUAGAAUGUGCCAUGGGCUAAUAAAAAAAUCAGCCGUGGACCACAAGUGGCCCCCGGGCCGCACUUUGGACACCCCUGGUCUAAAUAGCUGGCAACACAAGUGAGAAGCAUGGCAAUCAAUAAAUUAAAUGUAUUUCUUAAUAUUGUUGAAUUUGGCAUCAUCUCUGAUAUGAUGGACUUGUUAUUGUCAAUGGUUGUUAACUUCAAGUCUUUUUGAGUUGCGUCUUUAAUUUUCUUGUUUUCAUCUUUAGUAUUUGCCCAUUUCCUUGAUGUUUUUGGCAACAAGUGCUUUAGUUCCUCCAUUUAGCUUGAUGUAGAUUUGCAGUUGGCACUUUGCCUUGAGUUUUUCUCCUGUUUCCUUAAGUUGCGUGCUUUCUUGGCAAUGUCAGCAUUGCCUUGCUCCUGCCAGACAUUGGAACGCAUGAAUCGAUGUUGUUCACAUCUACAUCCACCCUCUUUGACUGCAGAAAGUUGGCCACCUGUUGCUCUGUUGAAGCAACGUCCCCUUGUUCCCCUGCUUUGUUAUCAGAGACCUGCAAUAAUGUGGAGUAAUGUGGAGCCCAGUAACAAUCACAUUGUUCCUGUGUGCAGACUCGAGAUGCACGGUGUCUUUUUUUCCAACACACCGAUAACUUUAUGCUUCUCAAUAUCACUUCCGAUACUUUGGCAAAGCAAUGGUUUGGGAAAUAAAUAAUGCACUACCAAAUAUAAUAAAAUAAGAUAAGAUUAGAAUUGUCCGAUAAAAUCGGUUGAUUUUGGAAUCGGAAAUUGAGAGUUGAACAAUAUUGGCAUAUCGGUUAUCUGCAAAAAUGCCAUUAUUGGACAUCCCUAGAUAAGAUAUAUAACAAGAUAAGAUAAGAAAUAACAAGAUAGAUAACAAGAACUCUUUAAAAAUAAUAAUACAAAAUUGAAAGAACAAAGUAAAAAUAUUUAAGAAAAAGUUGUAAUUUAACAAGAAAAAGUCAUAAUUUUAUGAGAAUAACGUAACGGAAAAAUAACGUCAUUUUAGUAGUAUAAAGAUGAAAUAUAGCUCGAACAUUGUUUUUAUUUUUUUUAAGUUGUUAUAAAAAGAAAAGCAAACAAAAGAGCAAAUAAAGUUGUAAUUUUUGAAAAAAAAGGCUGCGGAAAAAGUUAUGAUGUCACAAGAAUAAAGUCAAAAUAUUCAGAGAAAAAAGUUGAAAAAUAGUCACAUUUUUAUGGAAAUAAACUCAUAAUAUUAUGAAGAAAUAUAAUGUCAUUUUAGGAGCAUAAAUAUGUAAUAUUUAAGGACAAAUUUUUUAAUUAGCCUGUGGAAAAAGUUAUAAUGUAACAAGAAUAAAGUCAAAAUAUUAAAAGAAAAUGUUGUAUUCUAACAAGAAAAAAAAACAAUUUAACAUGAAUAAACUCAUAUCAAUUUUACUAGCAUAGAGUAUUAAAUAAAUAUUAAAGAAAAAUACAUUAUUUUUUAAAGUCCUAAUAUUAUGAGAAACAAACAAAACAAAAUAAAGUUGUAAUGUUUGGGAAAUUAGGUAAAAGAACAAUUAAGUAAUAGAGUCAAAAUAUUUUUAAAAAAAUUAUUUAUGAAGAUUAUUUAAGAAGAAAGCGAAACAUUUGAAAAAAUAAACAAGCAAAAAUACGUGAAAAAAGAGCAAAGUUGAUACUAAUAAGAGGCUUUUUCACCUACUGUAUACCAAACUGAGAGAAAUAAUUGAGAUGCAGUUUUUUUUAUAUAUACUGUAUAGCUUCAUAGAAUAUCUUAAAUAUCAAAGUGGCCCUUUCAUCCUUUCAUUUUUCACUGUGUGACCCUCACUGGAAAAAGUUUGCUAUAAACUCAAAAGUGGGUCAUUUUAGUCUAGAUCAGCACUACAUUGGAUACUUACAAGCAGAGUCGAAAGGAAAAGUACUUCCCACUGACACAAUAUCAUUAUUAAGACUGUAGACUUUUUAAAAUUCUAUAUAUAUUUUAUCAACACAGCGCCAUUGAAAUUAGAUAAUGUCCAGCUGCUUCUCUUGAACACGCAUCUCUCCCAAAUGUGUGAAAAUAUUGAUACUGUAAUAUGAGCAAUGAUACCAAUACUGUAUCAGAAAUGUUGGUGUGACUAGUACCGGUGUAUAUUUUCCUAUUGCUCUGUCCUUUACUGACAAAAUAUGAUUUCUUGAUUGAGUUUCACAAAACUUUGUGAACAGCUACCACUCAUGUUACGGUUUGUGAUGCUGAUAUUUGCGCAUAUUGGCAGGCGACGGAACGAUCUGUGGUGAUGUUUCCUUCCUGGCUAAAAGUCUAUAUGUGCUUGUAGACCAACAUGGUCAGGAGGCUGCGCUUCAUGCUGAGGUUAUCUGACACUUCAUGGGUGUCAAGCCCAGCAACCACAGGAUGUACAUAUCACAUGCUUAAUGGAAACCACAACAGACACAGUGAGCAGGUGACAAAGGCUGCGUUCGCACUUGUGUUUUGGUAAACAUUUUGAUUGAUACUUACAUAUUAGAUAUUAUAGCCAUCCCUCGUCACUUCACUUCACGCUAUAACGGUAUUUCUAAAAUAUAUUUGGAAAAAUAUAUCAUAUAUCAUAUUAGUGAAAACAGAUGGACAUAUUAUACAACAUAUGCACAUGUUUUUAUACAAAUUAAAUACAAAUAUAAGGCAUUCAGAAGACACAUUCAAAGACGUUAACGUAGUAUUCCACACU